CUGAGGGACGCCUUCGCAUUGGGAUCGGACGACGUGCAGGAAUCGCCCAUCGAAUCGGUGCCCGGCACCGUGCGCGGCUUCGCCCGCGUUCUGAUCGACGCCGGGGGACGCCCCCCCGGUGACUGGGACAUCGCCACCGACGCCACGCCCGGCCGCGUGCAGAGUCUCUACCGUCGGACCAUACCUACCGGUAUCCGCCACGGCACGGUGACCGUGCUGUUCGGGCGCACACGAUUCGAGGUCACCACCUUCCGCACGGACUCCGGCUAUUCCGACGGGCGCCGCCCGGACUCGGUCCGCUUCGCCGGCACCAUCGAAGAAGACUUGGCACGGCGUGACUUCACGAUCAACGCGAUCGCCGUCGAUCUUGAUAGCGGCGCCCUGCGCGAUCCGCACGGCGGGCGUGCCGAUCUGACAGCGCGGCGCCUGCGCACCGUGGGCAGCGCGCCGGAGCGCUUUGCCGAGGACGGGCUGCGGCCGUUUCGGGGCUGUCGGCUCGCGGCGGAGCUGAACCUCACGGUCGACGCCCACACGGUGCGGGCGAUGCGGGACGCCGUGCCUACCGCACGCCGGGUCGCCGCCGAGCGGAUCUGCGAGGAGCUGCGACGCCUGCUGGCGUCGCCGACGCCGUCGGUGGGCCUGCGCCUGCUCGAGCGGUCCCGGCUGAUGGGGCUGUGCUUCCCCGCGCCGGGCGGCACGGAACCCGGCCCCAGCACGGACCGCGCUGCGCGAUACGACCGCAUCGACUCGACACCCGCCGACGUGGCGUGCCGUCUGGCGAUGCUGCUGGCGCCGGAGGCAGCCACGGACGCACCGGCUGCUGCCGUACGCGCACGGGCGGCGCUGUCCCGCCUGCGCUUUCCGAACGCCGCAAUCCAUCGGGUGGUCGCCGCCAUCGCCAGCUUGGCGAUCCCGAUCGCCGCGGACAGUUCCGACGCCGACAUCCGCCGGCUGCUGUCCGCCAUCGGUCGUGACGGCACCGCGGACGCCAUCGCCGUCCGCCAGGCCAUCGGCACCAUCGACGUACCGCUUGCCCAGCGCAUGCGCGCCCAGGCGGCCCGGCCUCCCACGCGCUCUCGAUCGCGAGCUUGCCAGUCGGGCUGCUGCUGA